GUCCAGUCCACUGUGUUGCUGUUGUUUUGAAUUUUGAAAUCGUUUAUAAUUUGUAAAAUCCCGUGAUGGUGUUUUGUUUAUUAUAAAAAUCAUGAGGCGCAGCUUAGCGCCGAGCCAAGUCGGCUCCGGUGAUAACGUUUUCAAGAGUCCCCUGUUAAAUUCGACUAAAAGAAAGAAGCGCGAUUGUGCUCGAAUACCUCUGGCCCAAAAAUCUCCUUCACAAACGUUGUCCGCCUCCGAUCAUGAGAAUUUGAUAAAGCAGAUUUUAAGCAAACCCUUCAAGGUACCCAUACCCAACUACGUGUCAUCGUACUGCAGCAAAAGCUUGGGUUUAAAACGGACACAAGUAAGACGAGCACUCCACGAUCCAGAUGAACCAAACGCGUUAGUUUUAUACCGACCGCCGUAUAUUCCCGAACACGAGCGGAUGAAAAUGAACCCCAACGACAUCAGAGUGGCCGUUGUCGUCGAUCCCGUCCUAGGGAACAUACUGAGACCACAUCAGAGGGAGGGAGUCAAGUUUAUGUACGACUGUGUCACCGGGAAACAAAUAGAAAACGCCUAUGGAUGUAUCAUGGCUGACGAGAUGGGUUUAGGUAAGACUUUGCAGUGUAUCACUUUGCUAUGGACGCUACUACGACAGGGACCGGAGUGUAAACCGACAAUAUGUAAAGCUAUCAUUGUGUGCCCCAGCAGUCUGGUAAAGAACUGGUAUAAUGAAAUACAGAAGUGGUUAGGACAAAGAAUUAAUUCCUUGCCCAUGGAUGGAGGUUCAAAGGCUGAUAUUACAUUAAAGUUGCAACAAUUUAUGAACACUUUCACAUCUGUGAGGGUUGCAACACCAGUCUUGAUCAUAUCUUACGAAACAUUCAGGAUAUAUUCCAACAUUUUACAUGCCUCAGAAGUGGGCUUAGUUCUCUGUGAUGAGGGCCACAGGCUGAAAAACAGCGAGAAUCAAACAUAUCAAGCUUUGAUGGGCCUAAAAGCUAAGAGGAGAAUACUCAUAUCAGGCACACCAAUACAGAAUGACUUAACAGAAUACUUCAGUUUAGUUCACUUUGUCAAUGAGGGUAUAUUGGGCACAGCUCAGGAAUUCAAGAAGAGGUAUGAGAACCCAAUACUCAAGGGUCAGGAUGCCCUUGCCUCUGCACAGGAGAGAGAAAGAGCUCAAGAAUGUCUUCAAACUCUAACAUCUAUUGUCAAUAAAUGUAUGAUACGCAGGACGAGCAACUUGCUCACCAAGUACUUGCCUGUGAAGUUUGAACAAGUUAUCUGCGUUAAAAUGACACCACUCCAGACUCAAAUAUACAAAAACUUCAUCAACUCUGACUCAAUUAGGAAUAAGUUCAAUGGAUCUGGUGACAAGAACACACUCAGUGCUCUGUCCAGUAUCACCACAUUAAAGAAGCUCUGCAAUCAUCCAGAUUUAGUGUAUGAUAAAAUAAUAGAGAGAUCUGAAGGGUUUGAAAAGGCCAAAGAUCUGCUACCAAGCAACUACGACAUAAAGGAUGUGAAACCAGAAUAUUCUGGCAAACUUAUGAUUCUUGAUUGCAUAUUAGCCAAUUUAAAAACAAAUACAGAUGAUAAAAUUGUCCUGGUAUCAAAUUACACGCAAACGCUUGAUUUAUUUGAAAAGUUGUGUAGAAAACGAUGCUAUCAGUAUGUUAGGUUGGAUGGCUCAAUGACGAUAAAGAAAAGAGCUAAGGUCGUCGCCAGUUUUAACGAAAAAGAUUCGAAAGAGUGGAUAUUUAUGCUCAGUUCCAAAGCUGGGGGCUGCGGCUUGAAUCUCAUAGGCGCCAAUCGUUUGAUCAUGUUCGAUCCAGACUGGAAUCCAGCCAACGACGACCAAGCUAUGGCCAGAGUUUGGAGAGAUGGGCAGAAGAAACCAUGCUACAUUUACAGGCUUCUAGCAACUGGUACUAUCGAGGAGAAGAUAUUCCAACGUCAAGCCCACAAGAAGGCUUUAAGUGACACUGUUGUUGACCAAAAUGAGGAAUCUCUGAGACACUUUACAUCAGAAGAUCUUAAAGACUUAUUCCGUUUGGAAGAAAACACACUAUCUGACACUCAUAGCAAGUUUAAAUGUAAAAGGUGUGUUAACAACAUACAAGUGACCCUGCCUCCAGAAAAUUCUGAUUGUAUGUCAGACUUAUCAAACUGGUACCACUGUGCUGACAAGAAGAGUUUGGCUGACUUAGUUUUGAAGCAAUGCUGGGAUCUGGCUAAAACAAUAUCAUUUGUUUUUCAUCAUCGUUCAGCUAAAACAGAAAGCCAAAUUGAAGAAGAGAAAGAGAAUAUUCCAAAACCGAAGAAAAUUAAAUUAAGUAUUGAUGAAGAUUAUUCUGAACCUGACGAUAGUGCAGACGAAGAUUAUGAAUAAAUCAUAAGUUUAAAC